UCGGUCUCCAAGCUCAAGAACUCAAGAAGACAAAAACGUGCAAAAAGAAUGUAAAUUUUUAAAAUGGUGUUUAGUUCAGGAGCAAAAAAAGAAGUAGAACAGUUACCUGAAGCUGUUCAAGCACGGAUUAAAAGUACUGUGAGAUAUGCAAAGAUCUGGUAAGCAUAGUUUUUAGAAUACUUUGAUGAAGUCAUGUGCUCAAUUUAACACUGAAUGACAGUAUUAAGCUUCGGAUACACAAGCAAUAUUGUUGCUGCGAUGGUUACGCAAUGGGUGAUAACAGCAUUGCGUUGCUGUCGCACAAGGUGGCUACACCUGCAAUAUUUCACCUGCAAUAUAUGUCUUCAUAACGCUUUUCAUUGGCUGGUCAAGAAACGUGUCAUUCAUCAACCUUGACCUUCCUUGACCACACCUCCCAAUUUUCGGCAAUCAUUGCUGAAAAUCAAAUGAUUUGAAAUUUCGGUAACGAUUGCGAGCAGCUUUGUGUUGCCGUCACAGAGCAUGAUACACAAGCAAUUUCUUUCUCACAACGACAAUGCAAUGAUUUUACCACCAUUGCAUUGCCAUUGCCAGAAAAGUAUUGCCUGUGUAUCCGUAGCUUUAUGACACCAGCACACUGCAUGUCAGUUUGACAGUUUCUAGACUUAUUCUAGUUCCUAGUCCGACAGAGAUUAAUUAAACUUUCAUGAUCAUAGCAGCUUAAAAUAUAUGUAAUGCAAAUAUUGUAAUACUCAAGCAAACCAACAAUUGAGUUUUGGGUAUUUUUCUGUGAAUGGAUUUGAUUGGUUCAUUUAAACAGGCAGCGGCUAUAUCACACAAAAUUGGAACCUUACCCACACCACAGUCUGGAAAUUGGCAACGUGCAACCGAGGUCCCAAUGUAUUUACUAUUAAAUUUUUGUAAUCUCGGAUGCGCAAUUUCCAAACUUUCCAGUCUGACCCGCAACUAACCCCUUCUCUGACCCCUUCUCUGACCCUCGCACCUAAAACCCUAAUUGAUCAGGCCACCUGCUCACACAAGUGCCUUAAAGAUGCUAUACAGUCCGAUCUCAUCUGUGCAUGUGCACAAAGGAGCCCUCUUUUUAUUAUACAAACAGUUUAUUUAGGUUUUUAUUUCAUUUUAUGUUCUUGCAAAACUUGAUUGUCAUGUCUUGAUAAUUUAUUAUUAUACUCUAGAAUCAUGAAAAUAUAAAUAGUUGUUGAAUAAAAUUCUAUAUUUUGGAUGCUGAAAUAUAAACAAAGCCUUUGUUUGCAUGUACGGACUGUACCGCAUCUUUAUAACCAUUCAACUACCGAGGAUUUGCCCGAUAAUGAGAUUUACUUGAUGUCUUCUUGCAAGCUGACUGAACGAAGAAAUCUACCAAUCAAAUUAUUUCACAGACAAAUAGCCAGAGCUCGUUAAUUGGUUUCCAACUAAUUGGUUUCCAACAUAAUCAUGUCCUGCUCUUUUUCCACUUUCUUUUUAUUAUUUAAUUAACCAGGACUGGUCUAGUUAUUGUUGCAACUGGAGUGUUGAUUGCAAGCAAGCCUUAUCUAGAUAAAUUACGGAGUCAAGAUGAGCAAAAUAAUGUACAGAUUGCCAAACCUCGUGUGAAGAUGGACAAUGAAUAGAAUGUUGUGAAAAUGUAAUUGCAUAUACUUUUCUUGUUCUGUUUUUCUGUAGCAAUUACCAAUUUAUCGGCAAAUACCACGAUAAAACUUAGUUUUCUCUAUUUUUAAAUAUGAUGUUUUGUAGCAAAGGGAAAUAAUACAUUUUUCAUUAGUUUCAUUGCAUAAAGGUACAAAAUUUAAAUUUUAUUGCAGUAUUUGCCGAUAAAUCGGUAAUUGCUACAGAAAAACAGAACAAAUGACAGUAAAUCACAACAAACUACAGUCUAAGCAGAAGUAGGCCUUAAUUGUCCUGAUGGAAACAAGAAUUUAGUUGGAUAGAUUGCACUGACAGAUGAUUCUGAAAAAUCUGGUAAUUCUCUCCCCCACCCACUACUGUCAACAGGAAUUUUGGGAAAUAUGAAACAGGAAAAAAGUUGGUUGGGCAAUAUUAAUUAGCCAUUCUGAAGUUGAUGAGAGGUCUGGGGAUGAGUGUUAAAAAGUGCCCAAAUUAAGAAAUGAACCAAAACACUAAAAAGACCACCUCAAAAUUAGUGAGUAUACCAAGUUUGAAGACGUUUACAUGAAUACCCUUCGAAUAAUAAGCUUUUGAAAAUUGCAAUAUUGUCCAAAAAAAAAUUCCAGUUAAAAAAAUUUUUUGAAACGAGGUUCCGGUUUGUCGGAAAAGUUCUGCCCUUGGCCCCCCCCCCCCAAAAAAACAUGGAUCCCACGGCGCCACUGUCCCUCCUCCACCAUUCUCCCCCUCCAAAAGCCGAAAACCCCUGACCCAGGGUACUUAUGCCCCUUCUGUGCACCUCUGCGAUUUUCUUCUCCUGAUGUAUGUGAACGAGUGGAUCAGUUAGGAAUGUUUAGAUGGGGGUAUACUCAGAGUCGGAGUAUUCAUAACUUAUUUACUCAUUCACGUCUAUUAGAAGAAGAGAAUUGCAAUAGGGUUGAUAAAAGAGUAGAUUUCAGACCUGGAGGAAUAAAAUCUGUUUACUUUGGUGGAAAAUUUUAGUAAUGAAAGAUUUAUCAUUUUUUUUAAUUGUAGAUUAGUUUGAACAGCCUGAAAAUGAGAGGACAGGAAGAAACAAAGAUUGUAAACAAACAAUAGGAAAACGAAGAUAGGUCAAUAAGAUAUUUAUAAUAUAUCCUUUUACUUCUAGUAAUGUUAUUUUAAGUUCUUUGUAUGUUUGCAUGGCGAUAAAACAUAUAAUAGUUUUGUUUGUGGAAACAUCAUGUAAAUUUAUUACUGCAUAAUAAAUAAAUAAUUUAUUAGAUAAAUAAUUAAUUAUUAAAUAAAUAAUUUAUUUAUUUAAUAAUAAUUUAUUACUGCAGUAAUAAAUUUACGUGGUGUUUCCACAAACAAAACUAUUAAAUGUUACUUUUGUUUUCAUUUCAUCACAUGUUAAUUGUUUGGGUCAGGUUUUAAAACAUCGUUUACAUGUCCGAUGACUUUGAGUUUGGGUUGGACAUAUGUAUGUCAGUAUGACGAUGUCCGAUGACCUUCAGUGUAGUGUAGCUCGGAAAUAAGUCUGAAUUAUGCAAAUUAAUAUUAGCACAAUGUAUUAAUGUUGUGAAGAGAUAAGUUGUGUCAUUCUUACUUAUUUCCAAGCCAAAAUUAACCAGCCUACGGUGUAGACCCCAGCAGAAACAAAAUUAACUUGCUUGCCAAUAACAGCAGUAAGACAUAGUCAUAGACAACGUAAGUCUGUUUUCCACGUCACCAUUUUGCUCGCCGCCCUGCCCUCGAUUACAUUAAGGUAACAUGUCCAGUUCACUUUUUAUACAUCACUCUGAUUCUCCAUUUAACAUACGAAAAUCUAAGUAACACUUUAUCAAGAUGAAAUAUUUAUAUCCUAUAAAGUAUAAGGCUAUAUAUGCAAUACUGAUUAAACAUUUUUCGGUCGAAAUAUUCGACUUGAAUUAUUCAUGAUUUUUUUUAGAUAUCUUUUUUAAGAUUAUG